GCUAAGUUUGUUGAGAGAGUUGGAGUUGAGUGGGGGAAGUGGGAAGGGAGGAAGGAGGGAGUAAAAAAAGCAGUCGGGGAGGCAGUGGUGGCAGAGAUGGAGGAGAUGAUGAGUGUUUUUAUGGAUGCCAAUAGGCUAAGGAGAAGUGUUUUGACAGAGAUUCUGAAUGUUACAAAUGUUUAUCCG